CCCCGAGCGGGAGCUGUGUCCCCGCGGGCGCGGAUCCGCCGUGUCGGGGCUGUGCCAGCGCAGAGCCCGAAUGGCUGUGGGGCAGCUGAAGAAAGGCCACGCCAGCUCCAGUGCAGAGCCCCUGCAUCCCCUCGCUUGUCCCCAGCUCCGGCCGGCCGUGGGCCGCUCUGCUGCCCGCUGGACGUGCUCCCACUGGCCAGCGACGUACCUUGGGGUCCCUUGGGAGCCUCUGUGCCCGGGGCUGCUCCAGUAAACUCCACACCCCCAGCCCCUCCAGAGCUGCACCGUACUGCUCCGGGAUCAGGGAGACAUCGUGUGCAGACCCCUCCUGCCCCCAUGCAAGCUCAUGUCCAGGCCACCUGCCCGGGCCUCGCCCUGCCCACGGGGGGACCGGGUCUGGGCAGGGAUGCCCGUGGCCAGGAGUCACUGGGCAGCGCCCAUGGAGCACCCCAGGGGCGGCUGCCCGGAGGGAGCAGCGAGCAGAUGGCAGGGCGGGCCGAGCUGACAAUCCCCUAAUCCCAUCAACGCCACGGGGCUGAGCAGAGCUGAGCUGGGCCAUGGCGGGCACAGCGGCACGCGGGCACCUCCUGCACCCGCUGCUCUUCCAGCUCUGCUGCGGCUGUCACGGGCUCCGCGUGUCCACGAGCACGCGCGUCCUCUACACGCUCCUGCACGUCCUGGCCUCUGCCGUGUGCUGCCUCAUGCUGUCCCGCACUGUGGCCCAGGCUAUCGCAGAGAAGGUGCCCUUCUCAGUGGUGCUGUGCCAGCACCUGCCUGGGGGCACAGACUGCGAGCAGCUGGUGGGCUCCUCGGCCGUGUACCGGAUCUGUUUUGGCACUGCCUGCUUCCACCUGGCACAGGCUGCCCUGCUGCUCAACGUGCGCUCCAGCUCUGACCGCCGGGCACAGCUCCACAAUGGGUUCUGGCUUCUGAAGCUCCUGGUGCUGGUGGGCCUCUGGGCCGCCAGCUUCUUCAUCCCUGAGGACAACUUCAUCCAAGCCUGGCACUACACAGGUGUCUGUGGGGGCUUUGCUUUCAUCCUCAUCCAGCUGGUGCUGAUCACAGCCUUUGCACACACCUGGAACAAGAACUGGCUGACAGGUGCUGCACAGGACAAGCGCUGGUACCUGGCAAUGCUGCUGGCCACAGCCACCUUCUACACCCUUGCCUCUGCCGCCUUCUCCUUCCUCUACAAGUUCUACACCCACCCAGCUGCCUGCCACCUCAACAAAGCCCUGCUUGCCAUCAAUGGCAGCCUCUGUGGCAUCAUGUCCUUCAUCUCCAUCACGCCAUGCGUGCGGCUCAAGCAGCCACGGUCAGGACUGCUGCAGUCCUCAAUCAUCAGCUGCUAUGUGAUGUACCUCACCUUCUCUGCACUGUCCAGCCGCCCCCCGGAGAGAGUGCUGCACAAGGGGCAGAACCUCACCGUGUGCUUCCCGGGGCUGCGGCAGGACGAGCUGCAGACAGAGGACACCACAGUGGCCGUGCUGGGCGCUGCCAUCAUGUACGCCUGUGUGCUCUUUGCAUGCAAUGAAGCCUCAUACCUCGCUGAGAUCUUUGGGCCCUUCUGGAUGGUCAAAGUCUACAGCUUCGAGUUUAAAAAAGCUUCCUGCUGCUUCUGUUGCCCUGAGAAGAUGGAGGAGGAGCUGAGAGGUGAGUGCAGUGUCUGUGUGGGAGAGUGGGCAGAGCCUGCGUCCCAGCCUGGGAGUGCAUGCCCCCACACUCCCGCAGGCACUGACCAGACAUGUGAGCAAGCAGAGGAGAGCGCCAGGGGACAGUUCAUCAUCCAGGAUGAGCAGGACCGGGUGGUCUACAGCUACUCAGCUUUCCACUUUGUCUUCUUCCUUGCCUCGCUCUAUGUUAUGAUGACACUCACCAACUGGUUCAGCUACGAGAAUGCGGCGCUGGAGACCACCUUCACACACGGCAGCUGGUCAACCUUCUGGGUGAAGGUGUCCUCGUGCUGGGCUUGUGUGCUGCUCUACCUGUGGCUGCUGCUGAGCCCCUUCUGCCUCCAUGGCUCCGCACAGCACCGGCACAGCACAGGACCGCGGAUCGUGCGGCGCCGACGCGCUCCACAGCGCAUCAACGUCUCCACAUAGUCCUGCCAGGACAAACUGCCCAGGGCUGGUCCCUGCUGUGCCCUGUGCCUCUGCUCUGGCCCUGCUUGGUCUUCCUGGCCUCCCCUGUCCCAGGAGACAGCAGCAUCUCAGACACUGAGGGGAACAUGGGAGGUGGAUGCUCCCAGGGAUACUGGCCCUGUGCUGAGCCAGGACCACCCUAAGGGCCAGAGCAAGCUGGUGGCAGGUGCUCAGCCUGCAGCCUGGUUGCCCUGGCCUCACUGGGAGAGCAGGGCUCUGCCUUGGCCGCCACUGCCAUGGUGCAUUCACUGUAAAUACCUGCUUCAAUACAUUUUUAUAUAAAACUCUGAACUGAGCCUGUGCCAUUGCCCUGCACAGGCUGAUGCCAUGGGGAUGGGGAGAGGGGCUGUGAGCCCUGUGAAACACUCCGAACCAGCAGCACUGCUGCAGGUCCCUGCAGAGCCUGACCUGGCUCUGCCAGACCCCCGUGCUGCAGGCAGUGCAGCGUCCACAGUCCUCGCAUCCACACAGACCACAGGAGGCUGCCAUGGCGAGCAGUAGCUCCGCAGGGCCUCGGUGCAAGCAGGGCCCCACUGCCAGCCCCAGGCUACAGCUGCGUGUUCUGCGAGACCAGCGCCAAGGACGGCGCGAAGCGGAGGCGGUGCUGCAUCUGGCUCGGUGAGGAGCCCCGGCUGCCGCCAGCACUGCGGCUCCGCAGGGAGCCGAGGAGCCUCAGCCAGGCCGCUCGGCGCCGUGCCGGACGGGCAGCCUCGCUGGGCCCGCCCCGGCCGUGCCGCAGCCGCAGCGCGGCUCUCCCCGCCGCGCAGGCCCGGCCGCCAUCUCUCCCCGCCGCCCUCCGAGCGGCCCCGGGCCCGGCCCGCCCGGCGCCACGCCGGCCACAUUCGUUCCUCGGGGCUCCCGGCUCUCCCACCCGCCCCAGGGCGCUCGGCCCGCAGCCGCCCCGCUGAUCUCGGGUGCUGCCCCGGGGGCCGCCCAGGCCCGACCCCACCUUUGUUCCUCACCAUCGAGAUGCCGCCGCUUGACUCCGCCGCGGCCGCGCUCGGUCCUUUUCCCCGCGGCCGCGAUCGCUCCGCCGGCAGUACCCGUGCUCGCCCACCCCCCGCACGGCGCACGGACCAGCAGACGCAGCGUGCAGGGCUCCA